AUGGAUUACGUAUCCAUCCCUUCCUUCAUCAGCAAGACUCUUCAAGGAAGAAGUCAACCACAGGAUCGGAACAUAGCAUCAAAAUCCCCCCAUCCCUUGAGUUAUCCCAAGAGUUCUUUACGCUACAAUCCGCAACUCUUUAAGAACCCAUCAUCAGAAUAUCGAGGAUGCCCCUUCUGGGCAUGGAAUACAAAACUCGACAAGGACCAACUCCUUCGCCAGAUUGAUUAUUUUGCUGAGAUGGAAUUGGGGAGAUUUCAUACGCAUGUUCGUACUGGUCUCGAUAUAGAAUAUAUGGGAACAGAAUUCAUGGAUAUGAUUCGUGCUUGUGUUGAUUAUGCCGAAACCAAACAAAUGUUAGCUUGUUUAUAUGAUGAUGAUAGAUGGCCCUCUGGGGCUGCUGGUGGUAAGGUUAUUGAGAAGUAUCCUGAACAUAAAGGGAAACAUCUCCUUUUUACACCUCAUCCUUACGGCACAGUACCACUUGGAGAAGGUGCUCCUUCAUCAGCCAGAGCCAGCAGGAGUGAGAAUGGACAUCUAAUAGCAAGGUAUGAUCGAGUUGGAUAA